AUGUUGUUGUAUACCGAUGUUAUCUCUCAAGACGAGAUCGUCUCCGAUGCGUUUGAUAUGAAGCUCGUCGAUGACAUCGUUUACGAGAUCGACUCGAAGAUGAUCACGAUCAAGGAGGGCGAGGUGGACAUUGGUGCAAAUGCUAGUGCCGAGGAGGCGUCGGAGGACCUCGACGACGGCGCCCAGACUGUGAACAACGUUGUCCACUCCUUCCGUCUCCAGAGCACUUCGUUCGACAAGAAGGGAUAUUUGGCGUACCUCAAGGACUACAUGAAGUCCGUCAAGGCAUACCUUACGUCGAACCACCCGGACCGUGUGGCCGCAUUCGAGAAGGGAGCGCAGGCGUUCGCCAAGAAGAUCGUAACGAACUUCAAGGAUUACGAGUUCUACACCGGUGAGAGCAUGAACCCUGAAGGCAUGGUCAUGCUCCUCAACUACCGCGAGGAUGGUGUAACGCCGUAUUUCAUUGUGUGGAAGGAUGGCCUGAAGGAGUGA